AUGUCUCAAGAACAAGACAUACAAAAUAGCCCUAUAAACUUAGAUGAUGAAGCCGUACAAACUCCUCCAUUUAACAACAAUCCUCAAACGGUGGCAACUUAUGUGUCUCAAGAACAAGACAUACAAAAUGUUCUUAUAAACUUAGACGAUGAAGCCGUACAAACUCCUCCAUUUAACAACGAUCCUCAAACGGUGGCAAAUUAUGCGAGGAUCCGUCGAAUCCAGAGAAUAACUGGGCGUUUCUUAAUGGAACGAAACAUAGAAAGAGAAGUUACUCGAAUACUACAAUCGCGGAAUCGGUAUUUGACAAAUUUAAUAACGCAAAGGACAUGGCGAAAUUGCACUACUUCUCGUCGUCAGGGUUUUACCACAUUGGCACGCGCGGCUAAUAGGAUAAACAGAACCAGGUUACAUCCUACGGUGACAACGGGAUUUGGUGAUUUAAUGUCUUUAAUAAACAAUCACCAGGUAACAAGAACGGAAUUAGAAAGUAACCUAUACAAUGGAGGACCAUUUUAUUAA